GCGGUCGCUUAGUAGAGCGUAGCCGAAACUUACAACUGUCAGUGUCAAUGAUUUAUAAUGAGUAAUGAAAUUCUGUCAAUAAAAAAUAUUUUUAUUGUAUUUUUACACUAGUGCAAUUUACAACCCCCUUUUUUAGUUCAUUUGUUGUAAAAUUAUUUCUAAUUUACACGAAAAGUAAUAUCAUGAUUAAAUCAAGUCUUAAUAGAACAUAAUCAUUACAAUUACUCAAUCAAAAAUUGAAAAAAUUUUAAAAACUAAAAAGACACUCAAUUAUACAUAAAUAAAAAACAGAAACAAAUUUGAAAGUCAUCCUAGUUUGAUAUGAUGCUGUAUAAUGAAUUAUAACUGAAAUAAAAAAUAGGAAUUCAAUGAAAUAAAUAUAUCAAAGUAUUUUAAGUGUCUGUUAGUAGUGUGAAGCACUUUCAAGUCUCCUUGAUGUUUUGGGAUCAUGUGUACCGAAACAGGCAUAUUAUGCAAGAAUUUGAGGAUAUAGAAAUACACAAAACGAGUGUCUCAGUGUUUGUGGCGUUGUUUUACUUAGAAAUGUUGUAUAUUUUAAUUAUGACAUUGUCAAUACUCAAUCGAAUCAAUCAGAAUUUGUCAUCUUAGUUUAAAAAGCAAGCAAAAAUGGUUGAAGUAAUACAAGGAAAUGUAUGUGAACGCUUAUAUCUUCAAAAGCAGGGUUCGCAUGAAGUAUUUCUAAAUAACUGUCAACUACUAAAACAACACCAAAUAAAUGGUCUGAGAUGCCUAUAUAUGCAAUUUAAAAAGAAAAAGCAAGGUGUUAUUUUAAACUUCCCGACACACACUGGCAAAUCAGUUACAGUUGUUUUAUUUGUUAAUGCUGUUAUAUAUUUACUGAAGAAACCCGUAUUGAUACUGUGUAAAAAUGACAAUGAAAUGUUUACAUGGAAAGAGUAUUUCCUACAAUGGACUGAUUUUAUUGAAGAUGAUUUGGCAGUGGAAUCAAAGAGAGUAGUAAAGGGUAAAAAGAUUUUCAUCAAGAAGGUAGAUGAGUUGGCAUAUUACCGACAUCAUAGUUGGAGCAUCGUUAUAGCAAAACACGACUUAAUUGAUAAAGAUAUGUGUCAAAUUAGUGAUGCUGAAUACAAGAUAUGGAUUACGUCAACUGAUAUGAAGAAGGAUUUAAAAAUGCUUGCUUUCAUUUAUGAUUGGCUGUAUCCAAAACUGAAGUUGAAUGUCAAAGAUUUUAUACCAAGUGAGAAAACAUCUAAAGAAAUACUGCUGAAAUCUAUUUAUCUAGAUGCAUUCUUAGAGGAUAUUGUUAUACGGGAAGAUAAUGUGAAACAGUUUGAUGAAAUAAAGGAAUCUAAAACCUCAAGUAAUAUUGCUAAUGUGAGCGAGACUAGGGUAAAAAAAUCAAGGAAAAACAAAGAUGCCACAGGAACUAAAGUAAAACGAUCUAGAAGAAUUAUCGAUGAUGAUGAUGAUGAUAAAACAAUUUUAAAUGAAAAUGAAACUACGUCAACAAGAAUAUCAAUAAUAAACGAAAAUUUUGCCUUCGAAACUGAUGAACAGAAUGUAAAUGAAGGUAAUAAUGUAUUUGUAAAUGAUCUUAAUAAUGACAUGAGUACUGUUUAUGCACCUUCAGAUAUUAAUUUUAUGGAGCAAAAUUUGAGUACUGGUAUCAAAACUAAUCUAGAAGCAAAUAUGGAAAUUGAUUCAAUGGAAACAAUGGAUUUCGGAGAUGCUAUCAAUGAAAUAGUUAGAAACGAGAAUAUAAUGCAACCGGAAAAUUCCACUGAGUCUAUCUAUUCUGAAGAAAUUGGCAAUGAGACUAAUGUGAAUCUAGAAAAUGAGAAAGAAAGUCUGAAAGUUGAUAAUAACGGUAUGGAACAAGGUACUUUAAACGAUCCUAUUGAUAUUUUGAAGAGUGAACAAAAUGUUGAUGGAAAGGAAGAUUGUAAAGAAAUUGUAAAAAAUGAAGAAGUGUCAGAUCUUGAUGAAACAAAUGGAGGGAAGACAUUUAACAAUUAUAUUGACACUAAGUUAACAGAAUUGGAAGAGAGAACGAUGAAAAAGUUUAAAGGAUCUUUUCUAGAUAGUAUAUUCUAAAGUUUUUUUUAUUAUUAAAUUAAAAAGGGAUAUGUAUUAUAAUAAGGAAAUAUAUUUUAUUUUGCCAAUUUUUAUACAUUUUUCUAUGUUUAUGGCGUAAAGUCGCUAUUGUAUAGUGGAUUAAGCGUAGCUAUAAGUGUUGUUUAUUCUUGUCUGUUCUAAUGUCUACGAUAUUUUUAGCGCAUGAAUUGUAUAAAUUAUUUUUUAACUUAUCUGUUAAGUCUCGGACUUGUUUUAUUCUCUUAGCACAAUUCUUAUUGUCUGUACCACAGAUAAUAUAUGGCAAACCUUAAUAAAAAUGUUUAUUUGAA